GAUGGAGACCCAGACUGUGCAGCAGGAGCUGGAAACCCUUCCAACCACCAAAAUGGCUCAAACCAACCCCAUGCCGGGGUCCGUGGGGCCAUGGAAGAUAACCAUCUACGACCAGGAGAAUUUCCAGGGCAAGAGGAUGGAGUUCACCAGCUCCUGCCCAAAUGUCUCUGAGCGCAGUUUUGAUAAUGUCCGGUCUCUCAAGGUGGAAUGUGGCGCCUGGGUUGGUUAUGAGCAUACCAGCUUCUGCGGGCAACAGUUUAUCCUGGAGAGAGGAGAAUACCCUCGCUGGGACGCCUGGAGCGGGAGUAAUGCCUACCACAUUGAGCGCCUCAUGUCCUUCCGCCCCAUCUGUUCAGCUAAUCAUAAGGAGUCUAAGAUUACCAUCUUUGAGAAGGAAAACUUCAUUGGACGCCAGUGGGAGAUCUGUGAUGACUACCCCUCCUUGCAAGCCAUGGGUUGGUUCAACAACGAAGUUGGUUCCAUGAAGAUACAAUGUGGGGCCUGGGUCUGCUACCAGUAUCCUGGAUACCGUGGUUAUCAAUAUAUCUUGGAAUGUGACCAUCAUGGAGGAGACUAUAAACACUGGAGAGAGUGGGGUUCUCACGCCCAGACUUCCCAGAUUCAAUCAAUUCGCCGUAUCCAACAGUAGUGGAUUAAAAGCUCCAAGUAAGAGAAACCUUGCUAAGCAAUCUAGAAUGAGUUUUAUGUUAGCUGCUGAAAUCCACAAUAAAUGUCAUUAAAAAAAAAACAAAC